CUGAGUCGCCCCUGGGGCAGAAUCGAAAGUGAUCAUAGCUCGUAGCUCGGAGCAGCACAGAGCUGAUGCUGGUUACCCAGGGGCUAAUGGUUCCAGUGGACCAGCUGCUUAGGAGUCCACCUCCUGAAGAGCCUGGCCAUUAUCAGAGAUGGCAUCCUCUGUGGGCAGUCUGUGGCCUGCUUGUACUUUGGCAACCCAAGGGCCAUCCUUAGCUAGGCUCCGAACCCAGGUAGACCUUCAUCUGGGCUGCUCCCGCUGCACCAAGCGCCUCAAUGAAAGCACCUACAUCCUGCAUGACGUCGAGCACAACUGCCCCAAUGAGAUCUUGCUGGCCCGCUAUAAGCAAGCUACUAAGGGCAAGAUCUGGCGUAAGGUCGGCCGCAGGCCCAGCUUCCCAAAGCCUCUGCGCUAUGAAGUCUGCCGCUACUAUAAUCCUGGGUUGGGCUGCAGGCGCCACGGGAACAGGUGCACCUUUGCCAGGAGCCCUGAGGAGGCACUGGUCUGGACCUUUGAGCGUCAGCACGGUCUUCUUCGGCUGGAACUGAAGGCUGCUGUGCAGGGCAUGAAGGCCCUGAGUGGGCCACAAGCCCCAGCAGACACCAUCCAUGCAGAGUUUGGUGGCCACUUCCAGCUGCUCUGUGCCCUCUGCUUCAAGCAUCGUCCCCCAUGCCUCCGCCCUGUGGACCCCAAGGGUCAUUGCCCUGAGCACCAAACCUGCCCCACACUCCUCAUUCAUGUUAUCACCGAGGGCCGCAAGCGGCAGUUUAUGGAAGUGCGGCCGCAGCCAAGGAAAAACCACCCCCUAAACUACUGCAUGUUUGUAGGCCGUGGGGAGCCAUGUCGCCAUGGGGCCUCCCGCUGCCAGUAUGCACACAGCGCUGUGGAGAUGGCUGUGUGGAAGGCUGAGAGGCGAGAUGGGCUUCAGAGAGGAGAUCUGCUCAUAUGCCCUGUCUUUGAGGAAGACAAAUGCAAAGCCAGCCGUGGCCAGCCCCCCAGGGUCCAGCUGUACUGCCAUGCCUGUCUAGUCACCUGUAGCUCUCAGGAGGCCUUCGAGAACCACUGCUCCUCCAUGGAGCAUGCACAGAUGGUAGCGUUUGACCAGGCUGUGCCCUGGAAGCACCGUGUCCCACCCAUGGGGCUCUCCAAGUUUGAGCUCUGCCCUAGGCCUGACCUCUGUGAGUAUGGGGAUGUCUGCAUCAAAGCACACUCAGAACAGGAGCUGCAAGAGUGGGUCCAGAGAGCACAAGCCAUGGAACUGCGAGAACAAGCUGCCUGGCAGGAUGGGCUGGUGCCCUACCAGACACGGCUGCUAGCUGAGUAUAAGCGGAGCAGCAAUGAGGUCCUGGUGAUGGCUGAGACAAUCCAUGGAGUAUCCGUCACUUGCUACCAACCCCUGGUGUAUCAGGCACAGAAGAAGACCCAGCACAGCUGGACGUUUACCAUCCACUCUGAGAACCCCUUGCUACAUGUGGCCCUACUCAAGCAAGAGCCUGGAGCAGACUUCUCACUAGUGGCCCCCCGCCUCCCGCCAGGCCGGCUCUAUGCACAGGGCGAUUGGUUCCGAGUGCCCAGCUCCCCAGCUCAAUUCCAGGUAGGGGUGCAUGUGCAGGCUGCCUCCUUUGGCAGCUUUGAGCAAUGGGUAGUCUUUGACUUUGGUAGCAGGCCAGUGCUACUGAGGAAGCUGAGGCUGCAGCUGGGCCAGGCACACUGGCCAGGGCUCUGUGGGAGGCCAGCACCCAGCCACCCUGAGGAGCUGGAGCGCUGGCACACAGGCAACCGCCAAGUGGUGCUUGAAGUUGAGUGGACACCUGAGCAGGAGGCCCUGAUGGCCAAGUACAAGGAACCCUCCCUGGCUCUGGAGUUCAGUCACAGUGCUCUGGCCUGGGGCCCCAUCUCUCGUACCAACUACCGGCAGAGAAUGCACAACUUUCUCUAUGAGGAGGAGGCAGCUCAGCAACAGCUUGUGGCCAAGCUGACCAUGAAGGGCCAAGUGUCCCUGAAGACAGCUCUGCAGACGCCGGCACUUGGCAUGCUCUUUGCACCACCAGGAGCCCUCUAUGCUGAGGUCCCCUUCCCCUCCUCUCUGAUGCCAGACACCAACCAGGGUUUCCUGCUGAGCAGAGCGGUCAGUACAGCUCUUGUGGCUCCUGUGCCUGCACCUGACAACACAGUAUACCAAGUGCGGCUGGAGACACGGGCCAGUUCAGAGCAUGCACUAUGGCUGCUAUUGCCUGCACGAUGCUGUAUGGCUUUGGGACUGCAGCCACAGGCCAGCCCCAUCUUGGAGGUGCAGUUCCAGAUUGACCCCCUGAUCUUUCGGCUCUGGCACCAUGCAGUAGAUGCACUGCCUGAGGAACGCUUAGUGGUACCCGACCUGCCUACCUGCUCCUUGCCCCGCCCCUGGCCCACUCCACCCUCAUUUUCUGGCAACCAAAAGCAGAAGCUGGCUUUGGGACUCAUUGCAGGCACAAGCCCUGAGGGCACAAAGCCUGUACCACCACUGCUCAUCUAUGGCCCCUUUGGCACCGGCAAGACCUACACACUGGCUAUGGCCGCCUUUGAGGUUGUCCAGCAGCCCCACACCAAGGUGCUCAUCUGUACACAUACCAACAGUGCUGCGGACAUCUAUAUUCGGGAGUAUUUCCAUGGCUAUGUCAGCAGAGGCCACCCAGAGGCGUCUCCACUCCGGGUGAUGUACACAGACCGCCCUCCAAGACAGACUGACUCAACCACACUACAGUACUGCUGCCUGACGGAGGACCGCCAGGCCUUUCGCCCACCCACAGGGGCAGAGCUGGUGCAUCACCGCUUGGUGGUCACCACUACUUCCCAGGCCCGUGAGCUCCAGGUGCCAUCUGGUUUCUUCUCUCACAUCUUCAUCGAUGAGGCAGCCCAAAUGCUGGAGUGUGAGGCUCUCAUCCCAUUGGCCUAUGCCUUGCCGCUUACUCGUGUAGUGCUGGCAGGGGACCACAUGCAGGUCACACCUAGGCUCUUCAGUGUACCCAGGACUAAGGCAGCUGGGCACACACUGCUGUACCGCCUUUUCCUGUACUACCAGCAGGAGGUGCACAAGCUCGCCCAGCAGAGUCGUAUCAUUUUCCAUGAAAACUACCGCUCCACCACAGCCAUCAUCAAUUUUGUCUCCCACCACUUCUAUGUGGCCAAGGGCAGCCCUAUCCAGGCCAGUGGCAAAGUCCCACGCCACCCCCAAUACUACCCUCUCAUGUUCUGCCACGUAGCAGGCAGUCCUGAGCAGGACAUGUCCAUGACAUCCUGGCUCAACUCAGCCGAGGUUGCCCAGGUAGUGGAGAAAGUGCAAGAGAUCUACAACACCUGGCCCCACUGCUGGGGACCCCGGGAACAGAGACACAUCUGUGUUGUCUCCCAUGGUGCCCAGGUCAGUGCUCUGAGGCAGGAGCUGAGGAGGAAGAAUCUGGGUGAAGUGUCUGUUGGCAGCUUUGAGAUCCUACCAGGGCGUGAGUUCCGGGUGGUGGUCCUGAGCUCUGUCCAUAACUGCCAUAGUCUGCUCAGCCCUGGAACACCAACUUCAGAGUUCUUCAAUGACCCCCGUGUGCUGAACACGGUCAUGACCCGUGCCCAGUCCCAGCUGGUAGCUGUGGGAGAUGCUGUGGCUCUCUGUUCCUCUGGAGCCUGCAGAAAGCUCUGGAAAAGUUUCAUCUGUGAGUGCAUGCAACAUCACAGCGUCUUCCCUGAGGACCUGUCACUGGGGCAGAUCGAGCAGGGUGUGGCCCAGAGGCAGCACUGGGCUUCUUUGACACUCAGAACAGGGGGCCUAGCUGCAGAGCCCACGGCCGUGGCACAGGUCCUGCAGCGGCCCAUGGCUGAGGGGAACACUGUCACAGUGAAGGCAGAGGCUGGGACCAGCUCAGCAUCCACAGCACAGGCCGAGGCAGCAGUAGGGGACAUCGAAAGGGGAGAUGUCUCAGCCCUUAGAGAUACCACACCAAGAGUAUCCACCCUGUAUGAAGACUCUGAGGACUCAGAGUCUGACUUCUGGCCCUCCGAAUGGGAGCUCAACCCUGACGACGCUAUCCUGAAGGAACUCCUUGAUGAGAGUCGGCAAGUGACUGUGACUGUUAGGGAAGACGGGCUGCUGGACACCAUGGUUUGCCCCAAGUUCCCAAAGCAGGCUCCACAGUACACGAACCUGCCCUCAGCGAUGCUUCGCAAGCUACUGCGCUCAGACCCCAAGCAAUACUGCCGCUGUAGUUUCCUGCAGGAGACCUUUGAGCGGGCAUUGGCCACACCUCUGGAUGAUGUGACCCCUAGUCCUAUCCAGGUCAGGGGUCGCCUGAACUGCGGCAUGGCCUUCACAGGGGAUGAGGUACUGGUACAGGUUCUGGGUCAGGCAGCUGAUGACAGGGGCACUCCAGGGAGGCUGCAGGGUCGCGUGGUGGGUGUGCUAAAAAGAAGAAGACAUGAGCUAGCCUUUGUGUGUCGGAUGGACGAGUGGGAUCCCCGCAUCAUGAUCCCCAUCAAUGGCUCUGUGACCAAAAUUUUUGUGGCAGAGCUGAAGGACCCACAACAGGUUCCCAUCCACCGCCUCCUUCAAGGCCAGGUACAGCGUGUAAGACAUGAGCGUCUGAUGCCUGAGGACCGGUACACCCGGCUAUUCUGGAUCCACAUCGUUGUGUGGCGAGAACGUUUCUACUACCCGCUAGGCAUUGUCUUGGAGGUGCUGCCCAAGGUUGUCACCUGGGAGCAGGGCCUUUAUAUCCUUGACCUGGAGCAUGGCCUGAAGGCCUCCACUCCAGACCCACUCUCUGUUUCCAAGGCUUUGCAAAAAUAUACCUCGGAGCUCAACAUGGCCACCAGUCACCGAGAGGACUGCCGCCACUUCCUGACCUUCACUGUGGACCCCCAGGGUGCCUGCAACCUCGAUGAUGCUCUCAGUGUUCGGGACCUUGGCCCAGAGUAUGAGGUGGCUGUGCAUAUUGCCGAUGUGGCCAGCUUAGUGCCCAAGGAUGGGCCACUGGAUGUAGAAGCCCGCCGUCAGGGCACCGUGUUCUAUGCCCCCUGCAGGGAGCCAGUACUUAUGCUGCCCGCCAGCUUGUGCCAGGAUGCACUCAGCCUUCUGCCAGGCCAGGAUCGCCUCACCAUCUCUCUCUUCCUCACCAUAAAGAAGGGCAGUGGCCAGCUCCAGAGCCUGCGCUUUGCACCUUCCAUCAUCUGCUCUGACCGCCAGCUGUCCUAUGAGGAGGCUGAGGAACUGAUCAAGGGGCACCCAGGGGCUGGCUUAGAGCUGCCGGCCCACCUGGACUCUGUGGACACUUGCGUUGUGGCUGCCUGCUAUUUCUCCCAGGUGCUGCGCCGGCACCGCCUUCUGGCCGCCUGCUACUAUGAGCCGCCAGAUGAGGACAGUGUGCUGGGCUACCGCAUGGCCCACAUCAUGGUCCAGGAGUACAUGAUCCAGUUUAACAGUCAAGUGGCUGAAUUCCUGGUGGGCAACAGGCACACGCAGACAGUCACGCCAUUAAGGUGGCAACCCACACCUAGCAGCCACCAACUCAACACUGUGUGUGAGAAGCACAGAGAGCUGGUGCCCUUGUCACUGCACCUAUCACAGCAUUUGCGUACCCACAGCACCCCCAAAAAGCAGCUGUACCUCCUGAGUUCUCUCUGGAAACAGGUGCACCUUGCAGCUUGUACUCAGGACUAUAGCCAGAUGGUGGACCUCAUUGCCACAGAUGACAUGCACCCUUCGCUGGCUCCUGCAUGCCUGGACUUCCGAAAGGCUCUGGGUCGCUCAGUGUUUUGCCGUUCUAGCCAGGGUGAGCAGCAACAAGCUGGCCACUACUCACUGCAGGUGGACUGGUACACAUGGGCAACAUCGCCCAUCCGCAGGUAUCUGGAUGUGGUGCUGCAGCGGCUGAUCCUGCUGGCACUGGGCCAUGGGGGCUGUGCAUAUUCUACCAGGGACAUCGAUGGCCUCUGUCAGGACUUUAGCCGCCGGUAUGCGUGUGCCCAGAGCUACCAACGGCGGGCCUACAGUCUGCACCUGGCAACCCAGCUGAAGGCCCAGCCUCGAGACAAGCUGGGCUUUGUGAUGGAUGUUGAGAUGGGUGCCCGCUGCUUCAAGUUGCUCUUCCCUGUCAACCGAGAAACCCUGCCUGACCCCUGCCCUGUCCACUACCAUUCCCUGCAGCUGGCCGAGCAUCCCCAAGAACUAGUGGGUCAGCCAGGCCUGAGGCUUCUAUGGAGGCGCCGCAUCUACUCAGUUCAAGUGCCCAAACCCUCCCCACUGCCUGGCACCAAGUUUGAUCCACAUACCCAGACUGUUGAUACAGCCCUAUGGAGGCGGCUGUUGAUGCUGGCAGAGGAGCAGCGCUGGCCUGAAGUGGCUGCUCUCAUCCGGGAGCAGAGCAAGAAGGAAUCUCAACAGAGGAAGCUGGUGCAGGUGCAUCAUAGCCGCUGUGGCCACUUUGUGGAAGUGGCCUGUGAGCUGGGUGAUGGGGACACACUGCAGGUACAGCUUGGUGCCAGCCUGCAGCGGGGCUUCCUGACCCCAACGCUGCAACUCUGGACUGUGGUGCCCGGCUUCAGCCUCUGCCUGGACCAUAUGGAAAGGCCAGGUGACUGCUUCUCAAGCCAUGUGCACCAGGCCCUGCAGGACCAGUACCGCGAAGUCAGCGAAUACUCAUGUGUGUGGGAGCCACUUUGUUCCCUAGAGUCACUCACCAAUGCUGUCACUGAGAACGACUCCAUUGUGCUACAGGAUGUGCAUAUUUCCUGGGACACAGAGCAGACAUCACAAGGAAAGCUGCAGGGCACCUUCCAGCUGGAAGAUGCUUUCCUCCAGGAGAACUGUAUCAAUGUCCACUUUGGCUUCUACCUCUGCAUUCGGCUUGAGGGACUCCCAGUACCCCUUGCCAGCCUACCCCCUAGGUCCAGCUGCCUUGGCCCCUUCCUGAGCAUUGAUCCUGAAACAUACACCUGGGUUGCCCAUGGACUGGCUUGUGACUGGGACCAUGGGCUAGCUGAUGAUUGGGACCAGGAGAAUGCGGAUGAUGGGCAGGGGGCUCCCAAGCAGGUGCAUUUCUUCAUCCACCACAUGGCCAUGGAGAAGGUUCCAGAAGAGGUGCUGAGACCCAGCACUCGUUUCACUGUGGAGGUACUAUCCAAGCAGCUUCCUGACCUCCGCAAGGAGAGAGCUGUGCGUAGGCUAAAAGAGUCAUCCCCACUGGUCAUCAGUAUUGCUCUGGGCCGGCCCAUCCCUGAGCCCUGCCACAGGCUUCACCAGAACACCUUCCACAGUAGUAGGUCUGCCUCUCAUCUCCCCUACUUCAAUCUAAUGCACGGUGCUCAGGGAUCCCUGGCUCCUGUCCCCUCAGUACCUACCAGCAGGUUCCUGGAAAGGCAAAGCAGGUUCCUGGAAAGGCAAAACAGGUUCCUGGAAAGGCCAUCCUACAGCCUCCCUGGAGGAUGCCAUAAGCUGAACCCUAGUCAGAACAGGGCCAUAAGGAGGGCUCUGGAGAAGCAAUUUACAGUUAUCCAGGGUCCACCAGGCACAGGGAAGACCGUCGUGGGCCUCCACAUCGUAUACUGGUUCCACAGAUUAAACCAGGAGCAGAUGCCAACCAGCAGCAGCUCUAGUGGAGAUAAACAGCUGGGAGGUCCAUGUGUCUUAUACUGUGGCCCUUCCAACAAGUCGGUGGACGUCCUGGGAGGACUGCUCCUGAGUUGGAGAAAAGAGCUGAGGCCCCUGCGGGUAUAUGGCGAGCAGGCAGAGGCCACUGAGUUCCCGCUGCCAGGAGUGAGUAGCAGAAGCCUGCUCAGCAAGACCUCUCAGGAGGGAAAGCCGAACAAGAACCUUAGGAGCAUCACCCUUCACCACCGGAUCCGCCAGCCUGCCAAUCCAUACGCAACAGAGAUCAAGAGAUUUGAUGCCCAGCUGCGGGAAGGGAAAAUACUCUCAAGAGAGGAUCUUGUGGUGUACAAGAGGGUCUUGGGGAAGGCACGCAAAUAUGAGCUCAACCGGCACUCAGUCAUCCUGUGCACAUGCUCCUGUGCGGCUUCGGGCAGCCUGAAAAUCCUGGAUGUUCAACAGAUCCUUAUCGACGAGGCAGGCAUGGCCACAGAGCCAGAAACCCUUAUUCCCCUGGUGUGCUUCUCACAAACUAAGAAGGUUGUCCUGCUUGGGGACCACAAGCAGCUGCGGCCUGUGGUCAAGAAUGAGCAGCUGAGAAAUCUGGGGAUGGACCGAUCUCUCUUCGAGAGGUAUCAUAGGGAUGCCAUCAUGCUAGACACACAGUACCGCAUGCAUGAGGGCAUCUGCGCCUUCCCUUCCAUGGAGUUCUAUGGGAGGAAGCUGAAGACCUCCCCUUACCUGAGGCGUCCACCCAGCAUCCUGGGCCAUGCUGGCAAGAAGAGCUGCUCUGUCAUCUUUGGCUAUGUACAGGGCCAUGAGCAGAGGCUACUGGUAUCCACAGAGGAUGGGAAUGAGAAUUCCAAGGCCAAUCUGGAGGAGGUAGCAGAGGUGGUUCGCAUCACCAAGCAAUUGAUCCUGGACCGGACAGUGGAUCCUAAAGACAUCGCCAUCCUUACACCCUAUAAUGCACAGGCUGCUGCGAUCAACAAGGGUCUCAUGCGGGCAGGGGUCAUUGGAGUUACUGUGACUUCUAUCACCAAGAGCCAGGGAAGCGAGUGGCGCUAUGUGCUGGUGAGCACAGUCCGCACAUGCCACAAGAGUGAUGUGGACCAGCGGCCGACCAAAAGUUGGAUCAAGAAGUUUCUGGGCUUUGUUGUGGACCCCAACCAAGUGAACGUGGCCAUCACCCGGGCCCAAGAGGGACUGUGCCUCAUUGGAGAUCAUGUACUGCUGCGCUGCUGUCCACUCUGGCGUCGUCUCCUGGACUUCUGUGAGGCCCAGAACAGUCUUGUGCCAGCUGAGAAGGUGCUGGUCCAGAGAAAGUCUGCCUUAUCUUCCUAAAGAAUUCCUACCUGCUCAGCCCCUGAUGUGCCAGUGGCCAAGGAUUUGUCCCCUGUUCUCUGCUGAGGGCCUGGGCAUACAGCAGGAUUGCCAUGGCUCUGGUGGCUACAGCUGAACAUCAGCCCGCCACCUCUGCUGUCAGCUUGCAUAAGGCCCUGGUGGCUGGCUGUGAUCCUCCAGCAGUGACAGUCUUGUGAGGUGGCAGCCUCUUCCUGAGCCAGAAAUAGGCCUACUGAUGAUGACCUUCCUGUUUAUGCCUGAACUUGAGUAGAAGGGAAAGAGCUGGAAGUGGGCCCCCUUGAUCCUGACUGCUGCUUUUCCUGAGGCAGUUGGUGUCAGGCAAAUGUCUUAGUGAUCACAAGGAACCCUAGGAGAUACCUCUGCUAUUAUUGAGGAGUCUCAAACAGGAAGGGGACCCCUCUGAGGCUGUAGUUUGACCUUAGGACCCAUCUGUGUUUGCAUUGGGUACUGUGUAUGCAUUUGCCUUAUUUUCUAGUUUUAAUAACCUAAAGCCAGUGUCUCUUACUGAGGCCUCCCUGGAGGAGAGAGACUUUUUAUCCUUUCUACCUUGUGUCCUAUAGGGCUGCCUGCUGAGGCAGGGAUAGCGGAGAGCAAAACUAAUCCAAAUGCCCUCUCUACCCCUGCCCAGCUGACUCCUGGGAUGUGAAGAGUGGCCCUGUGGAGAGGGAGCUGGGAAUGAGCUGUCCCAGGACUACUGAGCCUGUGCUCCUACACCAAGCUUUCAUGCCUUUAGGACAGCCUGCCUGGAGCUGUACUUUCCUACAGGGCUGAAGGGUGAAAUCCCCCAUCUAUGCCUUCCCUUCUUACGCUUCCAGGAAGCACCAAAGCUGGGGCCAGCUUCCUCCUCAGUAUGGCCCUCCUCUCCAGAGGUCAGAGAUGCUGCAAGUCUGUACUAAGAGGGUGGGUUCCUUGUGACCUGACCACAGAGCCUCAUGUGAAGAGUAUCUGAUAUAGUUUUUAGAAAUCAAAUUUCUACAUUCCAAUUUUGUAUCUUUUCUCAGGUUAUACCUUAUAUAACUGGAUGCUUUUAUUAUAAAAACUGCUCUGAAAGCUC